AUGGAGGUCGAGGUAGACGAGGAUCGAGGCCGGGUGGAGGAUGGCGGCUCGGUGGUGGCUGGCCGCGAGGUCUCUGAGGAAGCCCUGGUGGGCGUAGGAGAGGUCUCGGUGACGAAAGUGGUGUCCUGGCUGGUUGGUCUCUGGCUGGUCAUGGACGGCUGCGAGGUAGGCGGGUUGGAGGUCUCGGGUGGAGAGCUGGUAGGCGAAUUGGUAGGCGAAUUGGUAGGGCUGUCCGUGGGCGAGUUGGUAGGGGAAUUGGUAGGAGAGUUGCUAGGCUGGCUGGUAGGAGGCCGGGUUGGAGACCGCGUAGGCGAAGCAGUUGGGGAGUCUGUUGGAGACGCAGUUGGAGAGUCCGUAGGUCUGCUGGUAGGAGAAUUGGUAGGACUGUUGGUAGGCGGAUUGGUAGGACUGUUGGUAGGCGAAUUGGUAGGAGGACUGGUAGGGCUGUUGGUAGGCGAGUUUGUGGGAGUGUCUGCAUGA